UAUAAGAUCGGGUGACGUAAAAGGGUAGGAACCUUAUUUUCUUACACAUUUGUUCCCUGGGGAAGAAAAAUAAAGUUGAACCUGUGUGAAGCUGGAAGCAUUGAAAACUCUGCCGCCUGAACAGUUAUACGUUUGUUAUUUACUUAUUUAUGAAAACUUACAUAAUCACGAAAGUGUAAGGUUAAAGAAUUGAAUAUGUUGAUAUAUAUAAAUAUAUUUAUAUAAUAUACGCGAGAUAUAAUAAUAACAAACCCAUGAAGACCCACACGCCUUACCAGUAGGUGGCGGUAAUGCGGCUUUACGCUGUGUGCGUCUGCCAUAAAACCACACAAGAAGACAUUUAAAAAUGACCGCGGUUAUGGAUACAUGUUUUUCUUUCUCUCUGUUGUUGUUUUUAUCAAAAGCUGAGUCUGCUGUGGUUCAGACUCAGCAGACUGUGAUAGCAGCAGCUGGAGGAGAAGCUCAUCUCAGCUGUCAGCUCUCACAACCUAAAGACGUCUCUGAAAUCACAUGGAAGAAGAUAGUAUCUGGAACUGAGGAAAACAUUGGAUUCUACAGCCCAUUUCAUGGAGAAAGAGUGGUUUCUAAAUUCAGAGGAAGAGUCCAGAUCAGCAGCUCUGGAAUGAAGAACAGCUCCAUGGUGGUGAGGAACGUUUCAGAGGAGGAUGAAGGAUGUUUCCUCUGCUUGUUCAACGCAUACCCUGAAGGAGCUCUGAAAGGAAGAACGUGUCUCCUAGUCUACGAGCUGGAUCAACCGCUGCUGCACGUCCGAGCUUCAGCUGCAGGGUCCGUCAUCAGCUGUUCAGCUACAGGCAGACCUCCCCCCAACGUCACCCUGACGGUGGGACAGCAACACCUCCACUCCUACAACUGCACCGUCAGCGUGAACGCCAACAGCACCUUUACCGUCACCGCCGCCGCUGUGCUGCCCGGUCCGGGCUCCACAAACACUCAGGUUGGAUGUUCAGCUGCAGUCUUCUCUGGUCCUCAGCUGACGGCGUCUGUGCUCCUUCCUGCUUUGAGCGUGAAAUCAGCAUCUGUUCACAGUCGAGACAGAUUGGCUUUAAUAAGUGCAGCAGUCAUGGUGGGAUUGAUUCUCUCCUCUGCUCUGAUCUUCUACAUCUGGAGACGUCAUUUACAGAAAAGAUCAUUUUGUACAGAAUGCUGGACACACACACUAAGUUUUAUUUUGUAGAAAAACUGAACAACACACAAAGACGGAAGAGAGAUUGAACAAAAACCGUCAAGGAUUCAAAUGUGUUUUUAUUUAUUUUUUAUACAAACAUCUGUUUGGUUGAAACUUGAAAAUUCAAAUAAUUGAACAACGUUUUAAUUCAAAAUGUAUAUAGUGUAAAUUAAAAAGUGUUUCCAGUU